GCCGAGCCUAUAAAGUCGGCGGCCGGCCGGCGCGCCGCACUGUUGGACUGUCAGCAGGAGUGUUCGCAGGGUGUCGAGAUGCGGUUACCAAGGCUCGCCCUCUCGUGGGCGGCGCUCGUGUGUGUGGUGUCAGCAAGUCCCCUAGAGCGUGAACGCCGAGGCCUCCUGUUGGGCGGCCAAGGCGGUUUCCUCGGCGGCGGCCUCCUGUCCGCUGGCGGCGGUGGUGGCGGCCUUCUUGGAGGUGGCCUCCUCGGAGGCGGCAGGGGGGGCUUCGGCGGCGGCAGCGGUCUCCUCGGGGGCCUGUUCGGCUCCCAGAGCGACGCGCAGUCCUCCGCCAGCGCGCAGAACACUAAGCUCAACUUCGGAACCAACCUCGGCCUGAUCGGCUUCAACGCGGGCCUCACCCACAGCAACUCCCAGGCGUCCUCCUCUGCGGGGUCCUCUGCGAACGGCGGUGGCGGCGGCUUCGGCGGCGGCCAGUCCCAGAGCCAGGCGCAGAGCCAGGCGCAGGCCUCUGCCGACGAGUACGGCGCCAGCGCCAACUCCGGCGCCCAGAGCCAGGCCCAGUCGCAGGGAGGCGGCGGCGGCGGCUUCGGCGGCGGCGGCAGCCAGAGCCAGGCCCAGAGCCAGGCCCAGUCGCAAGCGCAGGCCGGCGGCGGCGGCGGAGGCUUCGGGGGCGGCGGCUUCGGUGGUCAGGGAGGAUGCCGCUCAUGUGGCGGCGGCGGCAACUAUAACGGCGGCGGCAACGGCGGCGGUUUCGGCGGCAGCCAGAGCCAAAGUCAAAGCCAGAGCCAGAGCCAAGCGCAGGGUGGCGGCUUCGGCGGCGGCGGCUUCAACGGUGGUGGCGGCUUCAACGGCGGCUUCAACGGAGGAUUCAAUGGCGGCGGCCACCGUCACGGAGGGCAUGGUGGUGGAUACAGACCACCCCCUCCCCCUCCCCCACCUCCACAACGCCGCCCUUCUUGGGGUGGCGGCGGCGGCGGUUCGCAGUCGCAGUCCCAGAGCCAAAGCCAAGCCCAGAGCCAGGCCGGGGGACACGGCGGCGGCGGCUUUGGCGGUAACGGCGGAUUCGGCAACGGCGGCGGUGGCUUCGGCGGAGGCGGACAUGGAGGCGGACACGGAGGCGGUGGCUUCGGCGGCAACAGCGGAUCGCAGUCCCAGAGCGAGAGCCAGGCCCAGAGCCAGGCCGGCGGCCACGGAGGCUUCGGAGGCAACGGCGGCGGCUGCACUACCUGUGGGGGCGGCGGCGGCGGCUUCGGCGGCGGCAGCAACUCGCAGAGCAACAGCCAAAGUGCAUCCAACGCCAACUCAGGAGGCGGUGGAGGUGGCGGAUACGUGGAGCCAGAACCGCAGGGCAACUACGACGACAACGUCGCGGAGGUGUUCGGCAACGGCCAGUACGGCGGCGGUGGCGGCGGCAGCGGCAGCCAGAGCCAGGCCCAGAGCGAUGCCAACUCGUCCGCUGGCGGUGGCGGAGGCGGCGGAGGCGUCUGCCAAACGUGCGGCUACAAUGGAGGCGGCCAGGGCGGCGGCAGCAGCAGCAACGCCAAGAGCGACGCGUCCUCGUCCGCGAACGCUGGCGGCCACGGUGGCGGCCACGGCGGCGGCUUCAACGGCGGCGGCUACGGCGGCCACGGCGGCGGUGGUUUUGGCGGAAGCGGCGGUGGCGGCUUCGGCGGCUUCGGCGGAUCCAACAGCGCCGCCAAGAGCCAGGCCUCGUCGUCCUCGUCGGCGGGCGGGCGCGGCGGGUCCGGCAGCAAGAGCUCCUCGCAGGCCCAGUCCAGCGCCAACAGCGGAGGCGGCGGCGGCGGCGCCAACAGCCGGUCGCAGGCCCAGAGCUCGGCGUCCAGUGACUCCCUGGUGUUCGCCUAGGCCGGGUGCACUGUUACUUUCUCUGGGGGGAAAAUAGGAAACCACCCGCCGGUUGGACUCGCGUGGCGAUGAACGUGCCACUUUGAACGCGCUCUCCUCGGAGGAGAGCACGCAUCAGGAAGUGUAUUUAUUGAAUAAAUUCGACAACAGGACCGGGCGAAAAUAAGGGUGCCAGUGCUCGGUAUUGGUAUCAGAUUGAAUUAAGAUAUGAUCACAAGAGUACCAAUAGAUAGUUUAGGCUGUAGUAAGUUAGAGGGCCUGACUCAUGAAUGCGUGUGAGAAUGUUUUAUGUGUAUGUGUGAGUGAUUGAGUGAAUGGGUAAGUGAGUGUCCGAAUUAGUUUGUUUGAGAGUGAGUUAUCAAUUUUCCUAAUGGCAUUCAAUGUGUGCCAUAGCGAUGACAAUUUUAAAAAUGACAAUAAGGUUUUAUUAAACAUUGUUUUCUUUUAUUAGUCAGCUAUGAAUGUGCUCGGAAACAAAGGUUGUGAUUAAAUAUAAGAUUAUCGUA